AUGCCCGUGUUCCACACUAAAACCAUCGAGUCAAUAUUGGAGCCUGUCGCUCAACAGGUAGGGUAAAUAACUUGUGCACUGUUGUAGACAGAUAUUUUUGCGCGUGUUUGUAUUUUGCCCUUGGGUUAACAAAGCUGUUUGUUGUAUGCCAUGUGAAACGAAAUCUUUUGUCAUCUUUAAAGUUAUAACGCAGAACGUUUCAUCAAAUGAUUUGAUAUGGGGGAUCUUGUGUUCAAUUUUCGUGCAGAAAUAUUGUAUACACAGCUUCUCGAUUCGAGAGACUGCGCAGAUUAAAGUGUAUGUCUUGCCGUGUGACUGUACAGUAACAGAUCGUGAGAAGCGUAGUUUAUCUUGUCUCUUUUAUUGAGCUGGGGUUAGAAGGAAAUGCGAUUUUGAUAAAUCUUAGAAACAGUCUUUUCGUAGAUUUAGUGUACAGUUUAUAUUUUUCGUCAUCUAGAGUCUUUUGUCACUCAAAGUAAACAAUUUUGUAAUAUAAAUGGAACCAUCGAGUUUCGAUCGGGUUUUUCCCAGUGAAGCGUCAAUGUAUUCAAAUUAGAUCCGGCUUAGAAUUGUCAAAGAUCACCGAAUUUUAUCAGAAAUAAUUACUAAAUCAUACUUUUGUUAACGUGAUGUUCACUAUAUUCUCCCUGAAUUUCAGUUUGCCAUAUUUGACCGCUAUUUAAUUAGCUAAUUGAACUUUAAGACUUAUUAAGCUAUGCGCUUGAUUCAGUUACUCUUCAAAAAUGUCGUAAAACCUGCGUACUCUCAAUCAAUCACUUGAAGUGUGCGGAUCGUUUUUGUGGGAGUCUUUUAACUAUUGGUUUUACUGCAAAAUUUGACUGAUAAAAUUAUGCUUAAUGGUUUUGUUUACAAGUUCCAGACAAGAAUUGCAGAUAAAUUUUAGUAUGACAAGGUGAAGGUCAGCUCCCCGAAACCAUAUCAAAAGAAAGCAUCAGCUUUAGAACAGUGUGUUUUCUUAAGAUAACAUCUUUUGCUCAUGCAAUGAAUUUUCCCUCUGACUCUAUUUCCCUAAAUAUAUUUGUAAUCAAGGUUGUGCUCUAAGACAAAUUAAAGGGAGCCCAGAGCUCUGAAACUGUGAAAUCCAGGGUGCCCAGCAUAUGCUUAAAAUUCUAAGUCGCCCAUAAGCACCGGGCACUGCCUGACCACAGCCAUGGUAAUGGUUAUAUUUAUGUACCGAUUUUCUUAAUCUGUAGAUGUGUAAGUAAAAACCAUCAUCAUUCUUUCCUUUAUCAUAUUUGUUAAUUUCUGUUUUUAUAAAAUUCUCCUGGUAAAUUUGUUUUAAAUUUCAUAUCAAACCACUUAUGAUGUUGCUGUUUUUGCAUGUAGUCUGAUACUGAAAUCAAGGGUUUCAAUAACUUUUUCUAUAAGUAGCAGCAGAUGGUGUAGUAGACGGCUGUGCUGUAAGACAAAACCCCAAAAACAACAGCCUGCUUGCAGGUUGAACAGGCUGUGGUCAGAGGUCUUUCAGAUGGUACUAGACUGCAAGUAACAGGCUUUCAUUAAAAACCCAGAUAUUUCAAGUAAUGUGCAAGCAGUGUCAGUGGUGUGAUUAAUAUGAGUAAAUUUGUAACAAUGUUCAGUAUUAAAAUGGUAAAAUAAACAAUGCUGCGCAAGAGUACUUUUCCUAAAGUUAAGUGAUGUAUCAUAAGCAAGUUCUGUUGUGAAAUGUAGAUUUGAAAAAGAAGUGUAUUCAUGUACUGAAUGAAUUCAUUAGGUCUCCACUCUGAUCAUUCUUCAUGAAGAAGCUGAAGAUGGCAAAGCAAUGCCUGACCUGGCUUUGCCAGUUAGAACAGUGGGAGCUGCUGUUGAAAAUCUUGUCAAGGUUAGUACCUUUUUCUUUUUAUUUGUACCUUUUUUUGUUAAAAAGAUAGUACUAAUAAUAUCAUUUACAUUUGAUUGGUAGAGAGGGAAGCACCUUUAACCCUUUAACUCCCAUGAAUGACGAAGAUGAUUUCUCUUUACAAUAUCAAGACAAUAUCCAGCAGAAAAGUGAUGAGAAUAAAGAAAAGUAUCCAUUAAGGGAUUUUUAGCUAAUCCAACACUAAAUUCUCAGAAGUAAGGAAAAUUACUAAUGAGAUCUUGGGAGUGAAAGGGUUAACUUUCCUAGACCACUGUCAACGCUUUUACUCUUUGACUCCAAGAAAUGAUGAAAGAUAAAUUUUUUGUCUUUUUAGUAGGUCUGAAAAUAUAUUCAACUAAGGGAUACUUUUUGAUUAUACACCAAAUUUUCAGAACUCAAAUUAUAAGAAAUGUACAGAAGCUAGUAUGGAAUUAAGAAUUAAAGGGGUAAAGUACUUAUCUUAUUUUGAUCUAUCUUGACUUAAUAUACGCUCAUUAGGUUGGCAGAGAAACUGCAUCUUCCAGUAAAGAUCAAAUCCUCAAACAAGAAAUGCCUCUUGCUUUUAAAAGAGUUGAGGAAUCCUCUAUUUUUCUUGUGGAAGCCUCUCAGAUUCUUAGAAGAGAUCCUUUCUCACCAGAGGCUCGUAAAAAGUUAAUUGAUGGUGCCAGAGGUACUUAUGAUAAAAUUUUAGCUUUUAGCCAAAUAUUUAAUUAUACUGAUCAUGGGAAGCAUUCAUUUUACCAUUCUGACACUAAAUGUAACAAAUAGACAGUUUAAUUUGAUCAAGUACUAUAACAGUGAAUGACUUAAAUUUAUAAAAAUUUUUAAUUAACUUUUUAUUUAAUGCUUAACCACACAGAGAUGGUUUGUAAAAACAAUUCGCACCACAUUUUCUCUGGAAAUCUAAUCACAAUCAUAGUCAAUUGAUUACGCCUCAAGUUUAACUUAGGUUCAUGUUUUGCAAUAAAAAAAUCCAAAUCUUUGUUGUUGAGUUUUAAAAUGAGUUGUUGUAACUAAGCCUGUUGGCGAUUUAGUGUUCUUCUCAGGGUCUUACACUUGCAGGAUAGUUCUCCAAUAUCAAUUGCACCAGGAACAAUCAGCCCUGAAAAAUCCUCUCCUAAAAGUUAAUGCACAAAAAAUGUUACUGACACAGAAAAAAUUAAAAGUAGAUUUCAUCACCACAUCCAGGAGCUGAUGCACUUAGGAUAGAAAUAUUUAAAAUUACUCCUGAUUGACUUUCAUUGAAACUUUUAAUUUUUCCCUUAUUUUUUGUUAUGUCAGGAAUUCUUUCAGGCACAUCUGCAUUACUUCUGACAUUUGAUGAAGCUGAAGUGCGUAAGAUUCUGAAGGUGUGCAAGGGAGUAUUGGAAUAUCUUGCUGUGUCUGAGGUUGUGGAGAGUAUGGAAGAACUAGUAACAUUUGUUAAAAACCUGACACCUGGAAUCACAGAAAUGGCAAAAAAGGUUGAAGGUCGCAUUGAGGAGCUGACUCACCAAGUUCAUGCUGACAUGUUAAGGAAGUCACUGAAUACUGUCAAAGCCAUGUCUACCCAAUUGAUCACUGCAAUUAAGACUUUUGUGCUGACUGUGCAAAGAGGUAAAGAUUGUUAUACAGCUCCCAUACAUUCAAAAUAAUAUGUUAAUUUAUUUGUUGAUUAAUUACAGAAAUAUUUUCAAGAAAAAACAAAAAAAAAGAUCUAGCAGUAACUUCUCUGUAAAGGUACCAUAGCCACUCUUGGAAAAAUAAUUACAUUUAUUAAUAAUUCUUCCUUUGUAGGUGGUCAGAACAUUCCUGAAGCCCAGGAAUACAGAAAUUAUGUUGUUGGCAAGAUGUCUUUUGAGAUCAGUGAGAUAAUAAGAGUGCUGCAAUACACAACAUAUGAAGAGGAAGGUGGCGAUGACCCCCUUAAUGACAUGAAGAAGGCCAUGUCUCUCUUCGACAGUAACAUGGGCCCGGCCCUGAAGUGGGUGAACACGCCCACUGAGUCAGCUGGAGGGUUAGGUGAGUUUCUGAUGGGAAUUGUAAUGUGGCACUGGACUGUAUCUAGUUUGUAUUUCAGUGGGGGAGUUGUUUUGGUAUCAGAACAUAAUUAAUAUUUUGUAAAAGUUUGUGAUCAUUGAUUAUCCUUCUUCUUAACUCUGUUCUUGUGCAGGUGAGAAGGCUGUCAAAGAAUGCAUCACUCAAGGUCGUAAAUUUGCAGAUGCCAGUCAGGGUCCUGAUAAAGGCAGAAUAAGGAAAGUCUGUGAUGAUCUGGAUCGGUUAAUGGGAGAUUUGGCAGAGAUGAGAAGGCUAGGAAAAGUAAAUACAUUAAUGUUUAUAUUUAAUAUAUUGGUGAUUGUAAGACAGUUGCAGCAUUCGUGAUGACUAAUCAGUAAGAAACAAUAAAAUGAAUAGUGGUAAAUAAGAUAAAAUAAAUGGAUUAAGUGUAGUCAUCAGCAAUUUCAUAGCUGACUCUCUCCCUCCCCUUGAUUGGGAAGCCAGUCCAUAACAGGUUACCUCCCACACAUUUUGGUGAGCUUUCCCUGACAGUUUGCCACUAUCCCCUAAUACCGAGAGUAAAUUAUCGUGCCCAAAAAAACAGUUCAAUUACCUCAUUAGGUUAGGGAUCCAAAGUACAACAAAGUUCAGUAUGCUAACUACCUCAUCCCUCAGGAACACAUGGUAAUGAUUACUUAAAUUUACUUUCUCUUAAAUGCAUUUAAAAGGGAACAGCCCCAGAAGGCUUGAAACUUAACAGAGAAGUUGCCCAGCAAUUAGAGGAUUUAAAUCAAGAAAUGCAGAAUGCCAUGUUAGGCCAAGAAUCGUCUGGUGUGCGCAGGCCAGCAAACACUUUUGUUGGCAAAAUGGAUCAGGUUCACCAGUGGGUGAACACCCCGUCAUCAGAUCCUGCAGGGUUAGGUGGGUGACUUGUGCCUUUUUUUCUGGACAAGGAACUUAGAAUACUCAUAAGAACCUGGUUUACCAGAUAUCUUUAUUGAACCCUAUCAUGGAGUACAUAGCAUUCAAGCAUUCCUUUUGCAAACAAUUUGUGUUUGAAGACUGUAUAACUUUAAAUUAAAAGAACAUGUGAUGUGAUGUCAUUAACAAUUUGGUAGGUGAACGAGCCAUUCGUGAGUGCAUUGACCAGGGUCGUGCUACAGCAGACAAAUGUUCUGGUCCAGAGAGAAGUGCAAUUCUAAAGCUUUGUGAUGAACUAGAUCAACUUACAGAUGAGCUUGCUAAUCUGAAGAGAAGGGGCAUGGUAGGUUGUUUGAUUGUAGGGUCUAUUUGUUUGCAUUGAUUGCAUGCAGGUGUGAUAUCUGCAGAGAACAUGAACACGAACAGGAAGCCCACAGAUGAAUUGCCAAUAUUGGCCUAGCAUUUUGUAUGGUAAAUUUUGUAUCCUUUCUUUUUUUUUAAAGUAACAUAAAUUAGACAAAGCAACCUUUUUUGCCAUUACUGUCUAUAGGACAGCUUUGGUUAAUGACAAACAGAAGGAUUGCAUCACUCUAUUGUCUAACCAAUUUAAACACUCAGAUGAGGGAGUAUAUUUUUCCAUACAAGGGAACAUUAAUUUGCAUUAUUUCAGAAAAAACAGUCAAACCAGUAUUAAGUGUUCACCCAUGAGGAAUGGCAAGGUGACCACUUUAUACAGGUUGACUGUUUAAUGCAGUUUCUACAGAAUAGGAUUAUUUUAAGAAACAAUGAAAAUUGUCAUUUUAUGUCAUAAUUGACUACUUAAUGUACAAAGACUUGGUCAAAAAUACCAUUAACAUUGAUUUUGGGUGAUAAAAAUUGAUUAAAAUCUUACUUGAAAGAUUAUUCUUCAUAUUAUUUGAGUGGAUCCAAUUUAAUUGAUUGUUCAAUACAGAUGGAGGAUGAUAUAAGGUCAUUGGGACUAAGUAAAGGGUGACUGCAACUGCUUAAUAUAGAUGAAAAUAACAGUCACUGUAAUUAAGGGGUAAAAAAUUUCUGGACUUUGAAAAUGGACCUCUUUAUAAGGGAUGGCCACUUAAUAGGGUGCUGCUUAAUUCAUAUUUGACUGUAUUGUUGUUGAGACUGGACCUAACUUAUAACUUGUAUUAUUUCACCUUUCUAUCUCUUGGCCAAAUUAGAAUUUUAUAAUUUACUGUUUCUGACAGGGAAAUUCACCUCAAGCAGCUGCUACUGCUCAAAAGAUUGAAAGGAAGCUGGAGGAAUUGAACGAUAAAUUACAAAAUGCAAUCACAGCACAAGUUGCUGAGGACUUCAUGGACACUACAACAAAUUUGAAGCAGUUAGAGAAAGCGGCAAGAGCUCCACCGGGUAAAUAUUUGAAUAUACUUGUGUGAUUUCCUCUUUUAACCCUUUAGGUCCUAACAUCAAUUUGUAUAUUCUCCAUACUGUUCUCUAUACCUUUCCUGAGGUGCUGACAAGGAGAAUUAGUUUAAUAAUCAAGAGUUUCUUCAGUUAGGGAUCAUUUCCUUCAUUUUUGAGACCCUAGUAUUUGAUUUAUGGGUGAAAGUGCAAGGGGGAAUUUGAUUCAUCACUUCUAGGGGUUAGAGAGUUCACUCUGUUAUAAUGCCUCAAUUUCAUGUCAAUAUUUUGACCAAAUUCCAUCAGUGUGCAUGCAUACACGACCCAUUAUCUAGCUAACAAAAGUCAUUUGAUUGGUUUUGAUGACAAUUGCUAUGUAUAAAAGAGAGUUAAAUUGAUUUUGUCAAAAUGUACAAUUGCAAAUUCUUUUUAUUCAUUGGUGGUUUCAGAUGAACCAGGGCGUGAAGCUGAGUUUGAGAACAAGGCAGGUGCCUUUGAACAUCAAGCAAAUCAGAUUGCCAACACAGCAAUUCAACUGGCAAAUGCUGGAGGAAAUACCAACAGGAGAUUAUUGGAUCAGAUAAGGCAAAAUGCAGAAGAAGUGAGUUUGAAAUUCUCAGAAUGAAUGGAAAUAUGUUAAAUCAAAUCAUAGGAAUUAAUGAUGAUCGACAAACUUACAAAGUGUUUGUACUUCACUCAGUCCUCAUUGAAUGGGAAUUUCAGCUGUAGGUUUUGAUAUACAUGUAUUAUUUGUGUAACAAUUAAGAGCUUCUUUGGUCGGUGAUCAUUUCCCAUAUUCUUGUAACCUUAAUGUUGAAUUCAGGGCUGAUACUGUAACGAGAAGUAGAUGCUAGUGACUCUUAGGGUCAAAGGGUUAUGGAAAGAUAAUCUUUUAAUGACAAGCUCUUUGUACAAUAAUGAAUUUUGUUUCCCUGAGACCCUCAAUGUUAUCUAAGGUGAAGCCAAGGAUAUUUGAGUUGGGAGGUGUAAAAAUAUCACAUUAAAGUGUGAGGCAAGAAAUCUUGUUUCUGCAUAAUCCCUGCACCUGAUUCCUCGAGAUUGGAAAAACUUUUUUUAACAUAUGUUGUUUAAUGCAGCUAGAUUUUGCUGUGUCUUCAACAAGCAACUUAGUUCUUUUUUUUUUUCAGCUAAAAGAAUGGACCCCUCAAGUUUCCCACGUGGCUAAGAUCCUAUUGGAUUAUGGGAAAUAUUCACCUGGAGAUGUGCCUGCCGUCUCAGUCCAUUUUGAAAAUGUGCGGGACAUCUGGAAAGAGAAGAUGCAGACCUUAACUAAUCUGGUUGACAGUGCAACAGACACCUCCAAAUUUAUUGAAGCCUGUGGUAUGUUUUUCGAAAGUGUUUGGCUGGUCUUAAAGGAUAAAAACUUUUCAAAACCUUUGGCAAAUUGAGUGCCCCUCAAUUGUCAUAACAUUAAUUGAACAGCACAAUUGCAGCAACAGAAAUAAUAGAAAAACCAUGAACUAGUUUGAAAUGGUUAAUGUCUUCUUAGCAUUGCUUAUUAUUUUGGGCCCUCAAUGUAUUUUAACAAUGUCUGAGAGAAAUAUACCUAUGGAUCAUUUUCAGAGGAGGCGAUCAAUCGAGAUGCUGAGAUGUGCAGUGCGGCAAUGGAACAGGGAAAUCCUCAGGUACGAAAAUGUUAUGCUCGUGUGCAGUUUUAUAUUAGUUUUACGAGAGCUUUUAGAAACGGAUAAGGCGCCAGGAAAAAAGUACGAGCGUAUUUUUGCCCCAAUUGGAGACUGUCUUGUUUAUUAUCCAAAUAUUUUUUCUAACAGCGUGGGACCAAACAUUUGCUACACUUUACCUUCGAAGGCGCCUGUUGCAUGACGUUUUAAUGUUUUUAUAUUUUUUCUAGUACGGCUCCAUCAAAAAACAAAUUAUCUCUUAUAUUAUAUCAACUACUAAAUGUUCGUGGCCUUUCAUGUUAGUACCCCUCACGUUUUUAAAUUGAGGAAUAUCACCUUGGGAGUAUCACCGAUGGGUAUACACCACACAGGUGAAUGGUGUUUUUCGCGCGCUAAUUGGCUAGCUCGGAAGUGAUUUGCAAAAAAAAAAAGAGGAUGCGUCAAGAGUGUUUAAAAUUUCCGACCAUUUUCCUUUAUAUUGACAGAAAAAAUAAUUUGGGGUAUGAUGUGGUAUGUACUACAACAAUUAUUCACCUCAGUGUCGGUAAAUAGUUGAUAAAUACUACCCUAAUUAAGGUAUAUAACAGGUCAUUCGAUGCGUUUAGACCAAUCACAUGCGAGCGACAAUUUGUUGAGGGAGUAUUUAUUCUCCCCGAGUAUUUAUUCCCCCGUGCGGCUUAGCGCGCGGCUAAGUCAACGGACUUAUUGACUCAGACAUUUCGUGUUCGUUUGUCAAUAGCUGGUGAUCUCGAAGAGCUCCAACAUCGCCCGGCGAGCCAAGCGGGUUGUGGAUGUUGCAGAGGCAGAGAUGGAAAAUUCAUUAGACCCUGAUUAUGCUGCAAAGAUGGCCGCAGCAAAGGAUAAUUUGGGACAAUGUGAGACCGAAGUGUUCCAUGCACUCACCUUGCUGUUUAACUGUUUACAUUCUAACAUCAGAAUCCAUAUUCUCCAUACACUUUUCCAUGGAUUGAUGAUCAUUCCUUUUUUGUCGUGACCUUAAGGUGUGAUUCAGGGGUGAUAUGGUGAGGAGAAAUUAGAUGCUGGUCACUCUUAGGGGUCUGAGGGUUAUGAAAACUGAUAUUAAAGAAGUGUGAAACACAAGAUACCGGUUUGUUUUGAAAGAGAAACGCCACAGAGGUUAGAAACGAUCAAAAAAUGCAACAAAACGAGGAUUGUUCAGGAUGGGGAAAAUUAAUUCGGAUUUAAAAUGAAAUUCUUCUAGAUGUAUUUGUGGUGACGUGUUAGAGAUAGCGGUUUAGGGUGACUUUUCUUUCAGAACAACUCAGUGAUAUAACUUGUUUUUAACAGGUAUCACGCCACUUGUGAUUGACGCAAAAGCUGUUGCUACUAAUCCAUCAGACAGGAAAGCGCAGGGAAAGUUGAGAGAUUCCACAAGAAAGGUAAAUAAAUUCUUCGUCAAAAAUUGUGAUAUCCCUGAAACAGUGGUCUUUUCGUAUUACUGCGUUUCGAUAUGUUGGGGGAAAAAUUUAGUUUGAGGCGUUAAUUGUGUCUGUCUGUCUUCUUCAAUUUUUCUGUCGUUUAUUUUGCGACACAGAAGUUGUAUUUUAUGUUUUGCUUGAAAAUUGGGACAUUUGCGCUCUGCCAGCCAGAAUUGAUCCCCCGGACAUGCCCGACGUUUGAUUUCUGUGUUCGUUUUUCCUUGCGUCGUUUAUUGGACCGCUGAACACAAGGAAGAGGCUCAAUCUGGGUUAACGUUGUUUUUGGUCUCUCAGUGCUGUGAUUUAGACAGAAUUGAUCGUGUAGAUUCUAAAUCAACAAGGUGCCAACUGAAACUAAGACCAAUCGAUGUUAGAUCACUCGCGGCAUUUUCCCGCUCUUCAAGCAGUUUACUUGUCUCUGAGCUCUCGUCGGCCUUAGGAUAUAAAAUAUAUCGUAGAUGAUUGAGAAUGCUUGGGACACCAAAAUGAAACAACUGUAAGUGUAACGUUGUUUUUAACUAGCUUCAAGAUGCUGUACAUGGAGUGCGAGUGAUCGUAACCGGAUCCUCCCAGCCAGAGGAGGAGGAGGAAGACUUCCCGCCACCUCCACCGGACAUAUCAGGAUUGACCAUCGGUGAGAGUUUACACUUUCUUGCAGUACCGUUGUCAUGGCAAAAUGGAAACAAACAGACAAAUACAAGAAAACCACGCACACACACGAACUAAAGUUAAGAGGAAAAACACAGGCAUUUUUUUCGUUGGGUUCUUUUUAAUCGCACUAAGCAAGGAAAGUGAUAUUAGUUGUGCUAGUCAUGAAAGACCAGUCAAACUCUCUGAAUGGAUAAGCUCUUUCACGUUCUCGUUAUAUUUUUAGCCGUAACCCAAGCACCAGUGCAAGAAGUUCCUCCUCCACGCCCACCCCUUCCUCAAGAAACAGCGCAACCGCCACCACGCCCACCCCCCCCGUCUGAUGAAAUGAAAGAGGUUCAGAGUGUGUUGGAACAACCACCAGAAGACAACAGAAUGGCGGUAUGAUUACUAAAAGUAAUGUGCCGAUAAUUUGAAUUAUAAACUUAACUUAACUUCCCAUCUCCUCCCCUGUCUUGCGAAUAUUUGUCAAAUUUAAGGUGGUGUUAGUUUUGGUGUCGUUUUAAUGUUUUUGUUGUUGUUGAAGUUGUUGUUUAGUCGUUUCCCUGUAAAGCUCAGGAGACCGUGAACACUUUUAUAUUUGAUUCUGUUAGGACUGAGCACAAUAAACACCACGACAUGUCCGCAAACUUCAGAAAUUUGGACAGAGAUAUUUUUACUAAUACUUUUGGUGAUCGCGGAUUACUGAGCUUCAAAAUACUUCUCAGCAGUAAUUUUUUAUCACAAUUUCUUCCGAAAUGUUACAGUUGUUUAUUUUUUUUACAGAUGGCGGCUCAUCAUCUUCAUCGAGAAGCUCUGAAAUGGGAAGAAGAGGGAAAUGAACUUAUUCAAGCUGCUAAAAGAAUGGCUGUACUCUUUGCUAAGAUGUCCCAAUUUAUGAGGUAACGUUUGUUAUUACGAGAGAACGCUUGAGGUUUAGCACUAAACUUGUUAGCGGCACAUUAAUUGAUGUAGCAUCUCGCGACAGAAUUAAUAGAUCUGGCCUUAAUAUUGACGCAGAUCGCCUGACAGCUGAUGUAUUUACUGGCAUGAAAGCGUGAUACACGUAUCCAAAAUAUCCCCCUGGGACGAAGAAAAAUGAGAAAUUUGUACAUGGAAUUGGAGUGCACUGAGGCUUCAUAUAAGCCGAAAAUACAUGACGUAUUUAGCUAUACAGCGGUUUCUCAGACGCUCUCUCGUUAGAGCAUCCAACCGCGCUUUGAGGUUUGAAUGAGUCUUCUUAUUUUCUCUCUUUCCCCCCUCCCCCCCUUAAUGAAUGGCCACAUUCAGGCCAUGUGCCAAAGGUUGCCGUUCAUUGGGGGGGGGGGGGGGGAGUGCGAAGGAAAAAAAGGGACUGUUAGUGGAGAUCGUUGAAACGUUUUCUCUAUCCCUGGCUCAUGAGAGAUAGGAUGUUAGGUAUCUUUUCUAUGGCAUUUUUUAUUUUUCUUCACCUGUAGAGAGGAAGAAGAUGGACAACCUCAACGCUCAAAAAAAGAGUUGAUCGCGUUGGCUAAAGAAAUAGCAGCAGCAAGCAAAGAGGUGUCUAAUUAUUCCGCUCGGAUUGCUAAAGAUUGUCCGGACAAAAGAGUAGCUCAGGUGUGUAGAAUUUAUGAGUAUCGCUGAGUCUAAUUAUAACAACUUGUAAUGAGAUAAAAAUUCCAUUUGAUCUGCUGGUGAAAAUCAAAUAAAGAAAUGACCCUUGUAAGUUUACUGCAGUUGAAGCAGUUGCAGAAAUAAGCCUGAAAAAUGAAAUUUUCCAGAAAAUUCAAAAUUUCUGCAAUUGUUAAAUUACAUUCCACUCGCAAGGAACAUUUCUUUGCUUGAGUAAAAUUGUUUUAGUAUUUCGCAAAGCCCCAAACAACCCGAGCUUUUGCAGACAGUUAUAGCUUAACAACUGGAUAAAUACGUUUUUGGUUUUUGUUAAUGGAAAGAAAUUCAAUGAUUUGUAAUCCUGUUUGUAAUUUUCUACAAUUAGAAUCUACUGUUAGGAUCAUUAACUCGACUGUUUGGAUGGUUCUGAAUCACUCCUAUCAUAGGUGUUUUUAGAUUGAUCCUAUUUUUAUUUUUUUCAAUUAACUUUAUUUGUAUUUCGUAACUCUAUACUCUGUAGUUAACUAAUCUAAGUGAAGAAAUAAAUUUGAUUUCAUUUGUUGCCUCAACGAAGAAAAGGAGAUGAAGAUGGAAUGGUAGUUAGUCAAUGGUAAACUUAAAGAGACUGAUUUUAUCCCAGGUGAAGACAUAGAAUCAUUUUUGCGUAAUCAUUUUCUCCAGUUUGAGCUGUUUUACAUAUCUACUUGUUUUCAGACAUUGAAGCAAACGAUAGAGAGAAUUCCUACCAUCAGUACUCAGCUUAAGAUUGUCGCCACUGUGAAAGCUACAAUGAUCGGAGCUGACGGUAAGCUUUGUUUUUCAUUCUAAAAAUUGCGUACGUUUUAUAUUGCACCAGUGUGCAUAAGAGGGAUGCUUUUCUUUUUUCAACUCGGUUUGAUUGUGCUUACACUUUGUAUUUCAAUCGAUCAAGACAAGAAUGGCUUGAAGUUUUCGUGGAAGUAAUCAAUCCCUCUCACAAAUAAUUCAUGGAGUUAGGCAGAAUAGUUUCUUUUGUGUCUUACCCAAAUACUCAGCAGGCCAGUGCUCGAAUCCACACUGUUUUGUUUCAGUGAAUCGUCCCCGCACUUUGGUGAUUUUGCUUGCGAUUACGUGCAGCGCCUGCACGCGAAAAAUGAAUUGUAAUCAAACUUAUCACAAAAGUGGAGACCCCUUGAGUUAAUAUAGUGUUCUUACCUUUCCUUUUUAGAUCCCAAGGCGGAUUGGGAGGCCACGGAAACUUUAGUCGGUUGUGCAGAGAACUUGAUGGGAGCUGUGCGGCAGGCCGUAAAAGAAACCGAGGCUGCCUCGGUUAAGAUGCGCUCAGUAGCGAACAACUGGAAAAAACGAUAGGCAGAUAUAUGGCAGAUUGGAAACUUUUAUGAUGAUACACUGGCCACCAAACCAUUUGUGUUCGGUGGAGGUUUAAAUGUAAUUAGCAGGACGGAGAAGAGAGGGGUCAGCGGUAAAAAAUAUUUUGAAGAAUUAUGAGAGCGUUUUCACUAAGCUUUGAAAACUGAAAAAGCGAGUUCAACGGUUUUCCUGCGCGUAAAAAUCGGUAGAAAACAUUGGGUUUUACCAAAAAAAGAACACAACGUCAUGUAUUUUGAAAAAAAUGACGCUGAUCACCGUAGAGAUUGUGCUACCAGCAGUGUUUCCUAAGAGUUUAAGAGUAUAAUUGAUGAUGAUUUCACUUGGCCUUUAUUUCUGCGCCAAACUGAUAUUCGUCUGGUUGAUCAAGGCUGUAAACUUCAUGGAAAAUUAACUUUUAACCUCUUUUUUCACACUAUCAGCCAAAUUUAUUAGUGUGAGUUAUCUCAGAACGGAUAUAAAUCUCAGUUGUAAAAAUAGAUAUUCUUCGUUAUUUAGAUUUCUUUCACAAUUGUUAAUUGCAGUAUUUUUUAUCGCGUGUUUGAUUCUGUUUGUGGAGCGAAAACUUAUCUUGUGAGAAAUCUCGCCCAUAGAGAGCGCACUAUGUAAUGUGGGAUAGAAGUAGUUUAUAAUUCAUUUAGGAUCCUAGUCGAUUUAUAAUGAAAGGAAAUUAAUUUCAUUACUAAUGUAGUCACAACUAAUAAGUAAUAUAUUUUAAUAAUUAGGUCAAUAUUUGAACAAUUUGAUCUUCAGAGGAAUACUGCUAAAGCUCUUUCAUCUUGAAAUAGUUCUUUUGUUUCGCAUCCUUUUGAUAAUUAUUUUAGUUAUUGCUUAAGUAGCAACAUCGGUGAGGCGAUCGCCCUGGUUUCAAGGUUUUCUUGGAGAUUCCCUGUGUGUCUUUGUUAUUGUGAACUGAACGGUAGCGCUGUAUGGUUGCUGUGGCAACUCUUAUGCUACCAAACAACAAACCGAGUUCAAACUGAGUUGCCUCGUUUCAAGGCCAAUGUUCCUCUAGGUUGUAGUGUAAAUUGACUUCCCUUUGGCUACAGGAUAGCUCAAGGGAGGAGUCGGUUAGGAACCUUUUUCGGCUGGGGUGUAAGUCAUCCGAAGCUUAAAUUCUAUGUUUUUAGAAAGGCGUAAAAACUGGAAGUAGAAAUGUAUAAAGGCACUGUUAAGGUUUAGUCAUUUGAACAAUGCUGGAUCUGCAGAGUAGAGUUUCUGAGCGGCUUUCCUUCCUCGGAGUUAUUUCGCGAGUACAACAUUACUUAUAUUUUGUUUAAAAAAAAUAAAUAAUAAUUUCAAAAAAUGAAGAAGGGUG